AUGACUAUCAAAAGCUUCUACCUUGUUGGGCAAGACAAGAAUGUCUUUCGCCAGGACAUUCACAUUGAUCAGUAUCAUGAUUUUGAAGCGCUGCAAGUCGCUGUAGCGGAGCAAUACAACAUUAUCCAAUCUACAGGUAUCGCGCUGCAAGAUUCCAAGGGAGAUGACCUCCCAGACCUGGACGCUGUGUUGGACUGCGACGAAGAGAUUGGCAUUACUGUUGAUGGUCAGGCCAUUCGGGAUCCCGCAGGUCCAGAGGGCCUUCCUUUCGUUGGAAGCUACUACGAGGUCUUCCCCGAUCACCUUGGGAACCAUGCACGUCUUUUCCAAAAGUAUGGAUCAUUGAUCAAAUACGAAACAAUGGGCAAGCAGAAUUACUUGACAAAUGACCCUGCUAUCGCGACUGUGGCUUUUCAAGAGUCUGCGUUCUUCAGCAAGCACAUUACUCCCGAGCAUCCUUUGGCCGGCAUCAAGGACAACAGAGCACUGUUCAUCUGUGAUACUGACACCGACGCAUGGAGGCAAGCACACAAGUUCAUCCCACCUUCCAUGGCACCAAAGGCAAUUAGGCAUUACACACCCCUGAUGGAGGCCUCGGUAAAAGACUCGUUCAAGGUUUUCGACAAGCUUGACGAAGAAGGCGAAGCUUGGAAUGUGUACCAAUACAUGUUGAAGCUUGCGUCUCAAACAGUCUUCAAGUUCGCGCUGGGAUAUGACGCCCACCAUUUCGACAACCCAGACUCGCCGCUGAGCGAGCUGGUCAUCUUGAUCGCCCAGUCACUCUCUUUGAACAAGAAGGUUGCCUCAAGAGGUGCUUGGUAUGCGAAGCUCAGCGCUAUUCCGUUCACAGCUGCGUAUGAUUUGGACAAGAUUCGGUACAGGCUAUGGACCAUCCUCAACCAAGCGAUCGAUCAAGCACCAAAAGGAAGCAGCGAAGAAGAUCUACCUUUGCAUUCCGCAGCUCUAGGAGCCAGUUGUGUAGUUGACUACCUAAAACGUGCCACCGACGACAACGGCAAAAAGCUACCCCGUGAGCUUGUCAUCCCCAAUAUGCUUCCCAUUUCUGGUGCCGGCUUCACCACAACCUCAUCCCUUCUAUCAUGGCUACUAUACUCCCUUUGUGUUUACGAGGGCAACCAAGACCGCCUUCUCCAAGAACUCGUCGACGCUGGCGUGAAUGAGAACACAAAAUGGACUCCAGAGCUGUCCGACGGCCUGACCUUCCUCGACAAGUUUGUCAAAGAAACUCAACGCCUCCACAACCCCUCUUUCCAACCUGGACGCACAGCAAAGGUCGAUUGCAUUGUCCCAGGCGGCUACAAGCUGCCCGCUGGAUCCGUCGUGAUCUGCGCCCUACACGCCAUCCACAACAACCCACAGAUCUGGUCGAACCCUGACCGAUUCGACCCUGACCGCUGGGGUACCGAAGAGGUUUCCAACCGACCAAAGAACUCAUACAUGCCCUUCGCCACUGGCCCGCGUAGUUGUAUUGGUUUCAACUUUGCGCUUGGAGAAGUCAAGGUAUUGUUACCCGAGUUGGUGUACAGGUACGAGUUCUUCAAGGAGGGUGAGGAGGCGGUAUCGUAUGACCCAGAGUUCCAGCUCAUCAGGCCGAUGAACUUCUACGUUAGAGCAAAGAGGAGGACAAGUUACCCUCAGCCGACUCCUGGCGCGAAGAAGAUCGCUGUGGAGUAUGCUGAGGGCGAAGAGAAGCCCCCGAUUUAG